UAAUGUAACUGGAAUAUGCUUUAUGCAAAAGGUCUCCUGAAAGUAUCCUCCCUGCUAGACGAUGCUGCCUUUCAGCUGAUGAAAGCCUCUCCGUGGUGCAGUAUGAAAUACUACUUCUGUGUCCUGCUCUUCUGUAUAGUCGGUGUGAUUUUAGUGGUCUUAGACUGGUGGUGGACAGAUGUGAAUCAGAUCAAGGGAGAGAUUUCAGAGGCUCAGUCUGACAUGAAACUUCUGUCACCAGAAAAAUAUAAGUCCUUGUUUAUCUACAAUGGAAUUUGGCUAGCUCCAAAGAAUCAGUGCGAAUGUGCCAAAGUCGACCAUGUGCAUGUCUACGAGAUGGAAGAUUAUAUCGAUAAGAAAGACCUUGCCUCAGUUAAAGAGAGGCGACAGAAGGAGUUUGAGCACUAUCAGAAAAGAUACCCUUCGAUGACUCAAGACAUAGUAAUAGCCAAACCAAACGUGCCAUUAAGCUAUCCUAUUCAAGGAGUAGAGGUGAUGCCGCUACACACGAUUAUGAUUCCAGGGCUUGGUUUGCAUGGAGUGACUGAAGAAAAGUACCAGGUGAUCCUGCGAGCAUCUCUGGGAACCCUCAAUACGCUUGCUGAUGUCUCUGAUGAUGAUGUGAGAGGACGGGGCAAGAAAGAGCUGAUCAUCUUGACCUCAGAUGUGGAGCUGCUGAAUUUCAUCCUUAAGCAUGUCACAUACACCAGUGUGGUCUACCAGCUCUCUGCAGUAGAUAUGAUGAGUUUUGAGAGCAGAGAUCAUGUUGCUCAGUUUCCUGUGAUCAUCCGACAGCCCAGCCUUCCAAAGCUGAUUGAUCCUGGAGCAGAUAGGAAGAUCAGCUCCCUGGUGACUAUCACGACGAAGACUUUCUUGCGCUAUCACAAACUUCGGCUCCUCAUCAAGAGCAUCCGACAGUACUACCCUGACAUAAAAAUCAUCGUCGCCGAUGACAGCGAAGUCCCGGAGAAGAUCAUCGAAGAGAACGUUGAGCAUUACAUCAUGCCCUUUGGAAAGGGUUGGUUUGCAGGAAGGAAUCUUGCAAUAUCCCAGGUCACAACCAAGUACUAUCUCUGGGUCGACGAUGACUACUUAUUCACCGAAAACACCAAAAUUGAGAAGCUAUUGGACGUGCUGGAGAGAACAAACUUGGAUAUGGUUGGAGGCAGCGUGAAGGGGGACACCUACAGUUUUCAGCUGCUGUAUGAGCAGGGUGACGACGGCGACUGUCUGCAUUUGAGAUACGGCUCCUUCCACAAGUUGGAAGGGUUUCCCAAUUGCGUGGUCACCAGUGGCGUGGUCAACUUCUACCUGGCCCAUACAGACAAAAGCAGACACGUCGGCUACGACCCUCUUCUGCAAAGAGUAGCUCACUCAGAAUUUUUCGUGGAUGGUCUGGGCAUCUUGCUUGUCGGUUCCUGCAGUGAUGUUUCUGUCGGUCACCAAGACCACAAUCCUGCAUCUGAUCCCAACCUGGCUAAGGUAGAAGACCAAUAUAAAAUAUUCCGGGACAACACUGAUGCACAGAUCAAAUUUAAGCUAGCUUUGCACUACUUCAAAAACCGACUGAAAUGCUACUCAACAAGAUAACCCUUUUACCCUGCUCUGUGCAAUUUCUACGGUAACCUCCCUGAUACCCAUGGCAGGUGUACGCUCUGGACUUCAGCCUAAUUGCCUUAUUUGUGCCACACUGGAUGCCUUCCUUUUUGCACCUACCUUUUUAUAAAAACUUUUUAAUGGGCUGAAUUUGGGAUUCUGGAAUCUCUUGGCCCAAACUUGAAAUGGACAAUGCAGUCAUAUGUAUUAUCUGCAUUCUGGUCCUGCUACAGGCCUUGUGAUGGUGUUUUCUUCAUUGCAAAGUUUCUCUGAUCAUAGGGUGAGGCAGUUUUGGCUAAUACUGAGCCAGAUUCAUAAUUGCUCUGCACUGUGUCCUUUCCAGCCAGUGCAGAGUGAAGCGGGGCAGGGUGGAAUUCCUACUGGUUUGAUCUGGUAGCACUCCAGAUCCUCCCUGCAUUUGAAUGGAUUAUCAGGGAUGCACAGAGUGUCUGACUUCCUUCUUGGAGGCGUACAGUAAUUCCUUGCUUAACGUUGUAAUUAUGUUUCUGAAAAAUGUGACUUUAAGCGAAACGAUGUUAAGCAAAUCCAAUUUCACCAUAAGAAUUAAUGUAAAUAGUGGGGGUUAGGUUCCAGGGAAAUUUUUUU